GUGAUCUAAAAUGGAGGACGAAGAAACGAGUGCCGUUAAGCCAACGUUCGAAGAGAUGCUGUCAGCUUCCGCGUUUGAAGCUCUACACAGGACGCCGACUGGCGCGAACGUCAGCAGAUGCGAGCUAGAGCUCAACGAUGGCAUGAUCCCAAGUGAGGAAGACAAGAUCGAGCGCCAGAUUAAAGGUGCAAUUUUCGCAGCCUAUUUUGAAUACGACCUCAGCAAACAGGACAUCAACGAAGCUGUUGCAGAGGUCAUCGUAACAUUGAGGCUGAUCCAGGAUCCCUCACGAGACACUAUGGAUCCCUUGGAUGAACCCCAGCAAAUAGCUCAUGCGUUUAGAGCAACGUACGUCGGUGACGCAGAUACCGAGUUUCGCGAAUACCUUGCUGCUUGCUGCUCUGCAUAUUGCGCCCACACUAGCGAUUACAAGGCUCCGUAUGUCACGAUCACGCAGAGCUCAGGUUUCGGGAAAAGUCGCAUCCUUCGGGAGCUUGCGGAGUCCACUGCGGCAGCACUUUGUCAAGCCUUCUCGUACGUGAUGAACAAUCCUAGCGCAGGGAAGGAGUGGACGACGCUUUUUGACAAUGAGAGCAACGGCAGAACAGUUGACGAUGUUGUCGUGGAGAAACUAAACAGCGUGGUCGCACAGCCAGAAGCAAAGAAGCAGCGGACAUCUGAGAGCACCUUUCUCCAUUCUGAGUCUGGAGUGACUUCGCCGGUUCUCGUUUUGGCAAUCGACGAGGCACGAGCGCUAUUUGACAUCAAAAACACCAGUGGAUUGCGCCCGCGAGCGAGUGACCCAUUGGCAACCCGCUUAGUCGGUAAUUUUAGGAGCAUACUUCACUACGUAACAUACAAAAAUGACGCGCACAUCAGCAGCUACUCGUCGGAUCCGAUCCUGACGUUUGGUGCCUCGCGCCUUUGGUACCAAUUGGAGCCGCCAGCAUUGGAAACCCACAUUCUUCCCCAGUUCCAGGCUAUGCUUCUGAAUGGCGUGGUGGACACGGGCAAUAUUGGUGAGAUUGCAACGCGCAUCUUCCUCCUAUUGGCAAUGGAUGCAACAACGAUGUGCGCUGACGUGAGCGAUAAUGUAGCAGAGAGGAAGGAAUUCGUGUUUUCGGGUCAGUUCUGCGAGGUUCCAAGCUUCAUUGCGAUGCUCCUAGGUGAUGAUCCAGGAAAAAAUCAAUUUACCAAGUGGCUAAGCGGCUGGGGAGGCUGGAAGAUUUGCUUCAGCCACUUUGUUGAUCUGCCAGAGCAGCCUACAACCGAAAUGCUGUGGAAAAUGCUCGAUCGCCGGGCUGCCGGUAUCUUGCCCCGAAAUCAGAAGGGAGCCGACCUCGUUAUCCCAAUAUUCCGCAAGGAUCUGGAGCCAUCGCUCAUUUUGGUCCAAGUAAAGAACAUCGCUGGGGCGGACAGUGGUUUUCUGGAAUCGGCACUUUCGCGUCUAGAACCUCGAAAUGUCUUUAAGGCAAACCAUUCACUUCGCGGUAUUUCGCGGGAAAACAUGAUUCGCUUGUACGUAAGCCUGCGCGAGGAGCAAUCUGCACAGAAGCCUGCACAGUCUGGUGUAACACCUAAGGCGUAUUCGUUCAAGAGGCGAAGUGGUCUUAAGCCAUAUAGCUACGCGCUUUGUCUCCGAGGAAUGUUUAGAAGCUCAACCGACAUUAACGACACCCAGAGACGCUGGCCGUUUAUGUCGAUAAAGCUGAUUGAGCAGCUGUGUCUGAUCUCCAACUCUGCGUGGUGGGAUGCCUCUACACAUGUCGAGUACGACCUCGACAAGCGCAAUGCCGAUGAUUUCGCUAAGAGACCACUGUCGCGUGUAUUGACGAAAGAAAAAGCGAUUCAAGUUUCAGCCAAGACGAUGAAUCUCUUUUCUCGAGCAUGA